AGGUGUGAUCCUUGCCUUCUCUAGCCAAAGAACACAUUUCUUUGGUCAUUUGGAAGGAGUUGCUGUUCAAUCUGACCAAGGUUUCAGAUAUAGGCCUUAUGUCAAACUGAACUUAAAAGCAAUAAUCUCAGUUAUCCUUUGGACUGCAUGAAAGUGGAGAGCAAAAUGGCGGCAGUGCCCACGGACUCCUCUAGAAUGGUGCACCACAUCAAGUUCAAGAAUAGAGGAAAAGACCAAGACGAGAUGCGGCGCAGGAGAAAUGAGCUGACAGUUGAACUUCGGAAAAACAAGAGAGAUGAGACCCUGCAGAAGAGGAGAAAUGUUCCCCAACCCGACUCCACUGAUGAGGAGGAUAUGCCAAGCAUCACAACAAUGAAUCUUAAGACGAUAGUGGAGAAUGCAUGCAGUGACCAACCACUGGUGCAGCUGCAGGCGGUGCAGGCAGCACGGAAGCUCCUCUCCUCAGACCGCAAUCCUCCCAUAGAUGACCUAAUCCAGUCCGGUAUCCUCCCUGUCCUGGUCCAGUGCCUCGAGAAACAGGACAAUCCCUCACUGCAGUUUGAAGCUGCAUGGGCAUUGACGAACAUCGCCAGUGGGACAUCUCAUCAAACGAAGGCAGUGGUGAGCGCUGGGGCAGUUCCACAUUUCCUUGCCCUUCUCUGCUCCCCACAUCAGAACGUGUGCGAGCAGGCUGUCUGGGCAUUAGGGAAUAUCAUUGGAGAUGGGCCAGAGCUGCGGGACUAUGUGAUUCGGCUGGGGGUUGUGCAGCCACUGCUAUCGUUCAUUUCCCCCAACAUCCCCAUCACGUUCCUCCGCAACGUCACCUGGGUCAUGGUGAACCUGUGUCGGAACAAGGAUCCACCCCCUCCUGUCACUACAAUCCAGGAGGUCCUCCCUGCACUUAAUGCACUCAUCCUCCACACUGACAUUAAUAUCCUGGUGGACACAGUAUGGGCAUUGAGUUACCUGACUGAUGGAGGAAAUGAGCAGAUCCAAAUGGUCAUCGACAGUGGGGUUGUUCCUAAACUUGUCCCUCUUCUCUCCCACAAGGAAGUGAAGGUUCAGACUGCAGCGCUAAGGGCGGUAGGAAACAUAGUGACGGGCACAGACGACCAGACACAGGUGGUCCUUAACUGUGAUGCCCUUUCUCACUUCCCUGAUCUCCUUCAACAUCAGAAGGAGAAGAUCUGCAAGGAAGCAGUGUGGUUCCUGUCAAACAUCACUGCUGGUAACCAGGCCCAGGUCCAGGCAGUGAUCGACCAUGGCCUCAUCCCCCUUGUCAUCCAUCACCUCUCAAAGGGUGAGUUCCAGACGCAGAAGGAAGCAGCAUGGGCCAUCAGCAACCUGACGAUCAGUGGGAACAAGGAUCAAGUGUCAUACCUCAUCCAAGAGGGAGUCAUCCCACCAUUCUGCAGCCUCCUCACAUGCAAGGAUGCCCAGGUCAUCCAGGUUGUCCUUGAUGGCCUCAACAACAUCCUCAAGAUGGCUGGACCCCAGCUGGAGGUUGUUUGCACAGCCAUCGAAGAGUGUGGUGGGCUGGACAAAAUUGAGCAGUUGCAAGAUCAUGACAACGUGGACAUCUAUAAGCUUUCCUAUGAUAUUGUGGAGCAGUUUUUCUCUGAGGUUGAUGAAGAGCAGCCUGGUGAAUCAGGGGCGACUUUCCAAUUUGAGCCAAGUGCUGCCCUGGAAAAUCCAGGUGGCUUCAAGUUC